UCAUAGAGCCUGUCACGAGUCAUUGCUAUUGCCUUCCGACGGGAGUGUCGACUGUAGACUGCUGCGCCGAGGAGUAUUCAAUAUAUUUCUAGAACAAGCAGGAGAGCGUCGUUAUGAUUCACUCCUAGUUGAAGCUUCGUAGUUGGCCGUGCGUGCGCGGUGCGCGAGUUCUCUGCGCUGAUGUAGAGUGUGUGACCUCACUUUUUGCACAGCUGUGUGAGAAACAGCUAACGCCAGAGCCCCAGUCGGGGGAGUUACCUCAUGUUACCGAGCAGCCAGUAUGUAUUGCACGGUCUCUGCAACAUUCUGUGUAGAUCAAGAGAAAUCGUCUGAAGUAGGCAACAUUAUUACAGACUAAAAUGGACGAGUCGUCGCUUCUGGAUCUACUAGAAUGCUCUGUGUGUUUGGAACGACUGGACACAACCGCCAAAGUAUUGCCCUGCCAGCAUACCUUCUGCCGCCGUUGCCUCGAAAACAUCGUGAGUUCCCGCAACGAGUUGCGCUGCCCUGAGUGCCGUAUACUGGUAGAUUGUGGGGUAGAUGAUUUACCAGCCAACAUACUCUUGGUACGGCUUUUGGACGGAAUUAAACAGCGUCCGAGGAAUGGAGGAAGACCCUCUCUCACCGGGAUAUCGCUCGGAUGUGCAGCCGGCAUCUCUGCUUCUCCUCCCGGAACGGCCAUCCGAGACUUACCCAUUGCCACACGGAGCUCUCCAGUUAAGAAUGUUCCUCAGCUGCCCUGUGGGAAGGCCCUGUACAGCUAUGAAGGGAAGGAGCCAGGUGACCUCAAAUUCAACAAGGGCGACAUCAUCAUCCUGCGCCGUAAGGUGGAUGAGAACUGGUAUCAUGGGGAGCUGAAUGGCAGCCAUGGCUUCCUCCCGGCCAGCUACAUCCAGUGCAUUAAGCCCCUGUCCCAGACUCCACCACAGGGCAAGGCACUCUAUGACUUUGAGGUCAAGGACAAAGACCAGGACAAAGACUGCUUGACUUUCACAAAGGAUGAGAUUCUGACUGUGAUUCGAAGGGUCGACGACAACUGGGCAGAGGGCAUGCUGGGAGAUAAAAUUGGGAUCUUUCCCAUUUUAUAUGUGGAGCUGAAUGAGACGGCCAAGCAGCUGAUGGAGAUGGACAAGCCCACUCCGGUCCCUGGCCCCAGCUCGGACCCCGGCCCCCCCGCCGGCCCCUGCCUGAGCCCCUCCAGCAGCACUGCCACCAGCGCCAACGGCUCCAUUAGCAGUGCCAGCGCCAACGGCUCCAGCAGCAGUGCCACCAGCGCCAUCCACCGCCGCGCCGAGGGCAAGAAGAACGCCAAGAAGCGCCACUCCUUCACCGCCCUCAGCAUGACGCAGCGCACCGCGCAGGCCCUCAACAACCGCCACUCCAUGGAGAUCAGCGCGCCCGUGCUCAUCAGCUCCUCGGACCCGCGGGCCGCCGCACGCAUCGGGGACUGCCCCCACCUCUCGUCCAGCGCCCCGCCUCAGGACACCUUUGUGGGCUCCUCCAACAGUGGGAUGGUGCUCUCUCCGCGGGUGGCGUCGGUGACGGGCGAGCUGCUGGCCGCAGCCAAGGUCCAGCUGCCUCUCAACAUAUACCUGGCCAUGUACGCCUACAAGCCGCAGAAGGCCGACGAGCUGGAGCUGCGGAAGGGUGAGAUGUACCGCGUGAUGGAGAAGUGCCAGGACGGCUGGUUCAAGGGGACCUCGCUCCGCAGCGGAGCCUCCGGCGUCUUUCCCGGCAACUACGUCACCCCCGUCUCCAGGGCUCCGUUCGCUGUGGGCCAGGCGCGGGCCUGUCUGCCCACCCAGGCGCAGGCGGCGAAGGCGGUGGCCAGCACCUCGGGCUCGGCGGGUCCCUCCAGUCCCGUGCUCCUGGGCUCCUCGUCGCGCUCCACGCCCCCGCUGGUCAACCCUUCCUCCUCCUCCUCCUCCUCGUCCUCGCCACAGCUCCAGUCCGCCUCUGUCCACCUGAAGAACUGCCUGCGCAUGUCCGGCCCGCAAACAGUGGGUCAGGCGCGCACCGCCAUGCAGCUGGUUCACAGUCCUCCUGCUGGAAGUCCGGAGCGUCCCACAGCUGCUGUGUCCCCCCUGCGUCCCCAGGGCUCCCCGUCUCGCUCCCCAGGCCCCUCAGGCCGGACCCUGUCCAUGGUGUCGCCGCAGCACUCGCACCAGGGCAGCCCCCUGUCCCCAGCCGCCCCCCACCGCUCCCUCAUCCCCCUCACCUCGGCAGCGGCCGCCAUCACUCCCCCCAACGUGAGCGCGGCCCACCUGAACGGCAGCGAGGGCGCGGCCGGCCCCCUGCAGCCCCCCUCCCCCGCACACGCUCACGCACACGCACAGGGUGCCGGCGCCAAACUGGAGGAGAAGAAAGCCGAGAAGAAAGAGAAGAAGGGAGGGGGUCUGCUCAAGCUGCUCUCAGGCGCAGCGGCUAAGAAGAAGUCCCGCUCGCCGCCCUCCGUGUCCCCAACGCACGAGCCGCACUCGCCGGCCGCCGCCGCCUCGGAGGCGCUGAUGGCCGGCGCCAUGGGCUGUGCCCCCGACCUGCACCCGGUGGGCAGCCACGGCCGCGCCGGCUCCUGCCCCAUCGAGAGCGAGAUGCAGGGCGCCAUGGGGAUGGAGCCGCUGCACAGGAAGUCCGGCUCGCUGGACCUCAACUUCUCUGUGUCGCCGCCGGCCCGCCAGGCCUGCUCCUCACUGCUGGCCAUCCGGCCCGAACCCAAACCUCUGUCCCGCGAGAGGUACCGGGUGGUGGUGCCCUACCCACCACAGAGUGAGGCGGAGAUCGAGUUGAAAGAGGGCGACAUCGUCUUCGUGCACAAGAAGCGGGAGGACGGCUGGUACAAAGGCACGCUGCAGCGCACGGGCCGCACUGGCCUCUUCCCCGGCAGCUUUGUGGAGAUCUUCUGAGAGCGCGGUGGCUCUGGAGGAUUGACCACCACCGGCUUCACCCUGCGGUGGUGGUUAGUGGGGGUGGUGGUGGUGGUGCUGCUGGGUGAAGAGGAUCUUUUCUGAACAGGCACCUCCAGGGACAUCCUCAGAAAGGUGCCUUUUUCACAGAAGCCCACUGAAGUGGUGCAGUAAAAGAGCCGCCAUUCGUGAUCGUGGGGACCUCGCACAGGCAGAGAUCAUCAUGCACCAACGUGAACAGAACACAACAGAACAGCAGCGAAUUCAGCUCCUGGUGAAGACCCAGGUGCCAGAGGAGCACCACUACAGCAGACAGACCAGUCCCUCACUGCCAUAGUCAUCUGUGACAUGUCUCUCCCACGCGCUCUCUUCACCUAAAAGCACAGCGAAGGCCAGCUGGCAGAAGCCUUCUUGGUGUGAGGUCAUGUAGGAGAGAGAGCACACACAUGUGGUAACACACACACACACACACACACACACACACACACACACACAACCUCCAGAACUCCUCAGUUCAGUGAAGCCAGGCUCAAGCAGUGCCUUCCAUCUCUGCCAACACUAGAACCAGCCUCUGACUGAGCUACAGCUCUGGAGUGCAGGGCCCACCCAGCUUGUGUUCAUGUAACGUAGCGUUGCUCCUCCUCUCUUACUCCUCUUGAAGCAGCUGCUGUGUGCUUGUUGGACCCCCCCCCCCCCCCCACACACACACCCACCCACCCCACACUAC